UCUUCCCACUUCAUGUUGAUGUUUGUCAUACAAUUAGUACUAUUACAUUAUUUUUUUCAAAUUUUCAUUCAUACAUACUUCAAGAAAAAUGGAAUAUGUCGAAUCAAUUGACAGUGUUCAAUCCAUUAUGUCAAUAUAUAGACCUCUGAAAAAGCCCAAAAUGAGCCCAUCAUCAGAACACAGUAACGUUGGAUCAAGUGGAGACGGGUUGGGGCAUGUAGCUCAAAGGAUUAAAGCACGUGGCUAUGAACUACGGUUUUCUUAUACUCCUCAUAAUAGUUCAAGAUUUCGUUUUCCUUUUUCUCUUGAUGAUCCUCCAUCAAUAAGUAAUUGUCACCUUAAUUGGCAAUCACUUGUUCAAAAUCAAACUAUGAUUUCUUUUGCACCUCAAAGUUGCUUUAAUCAGUGUCGAACCACUGACAAUGGGACGACGACAACGACAAUGAUGAAUGUUUAUGGCACUGUCUCCUCCCCUGUCCCUAAACGGUACAGGGGAGUGAGACAACGCCACUGGGGGAAAUGGGUAGCAGAGAUUCGCCUUCCUCGUAAAAGAACUAGACUUUGGUUAGGCACGUUUGGCAAUGCUGAGGAAGCUGCUUUUGCUUAUGAUGUCGAGGCCUUUAGGCUCAGAGGAACAGAUGCGCGACUUAAUUUCCCGCAUCUGUUCGUCGGAUACCUGGACUCGUCUGGUAAUAACAUAGACGAGACUAAAUCAGCAUCCUCAAGUACUACUUCAUUCGCGAAGAAUGGUCCUCAAAUCCAACACAAUAAACGUCACAUCAGACAAUGUCAGAAGAAAAACAGGGUACCUUCAGCAGUGGAACAGAGUACCUCUGUUUUAGAUGAAAAAAUAAGGAUACAAGGUAAGAGUACGGACAAUACACUAUUAUGGUCCAGCUCUUCCAUGUACCCUGAUCAUAACUUAGUGCACCAGGAUGCCCAAAUAAGGAUGUUUGAUGGGAGCGGCUUUCAUGAAUCAACGCCAAAAUAUACUAGCAAUAUAGUACAAGAAAAUAGUGAUUAUCAGGAUUUGAGAGAUGUAAUCCAAUUAAAAGAAGGGCUAUUUGAUACAGAUAAAAGGUGGGAUAGCAGGGCUGAUAUGUGGAAAAAUGUACUUCAAUAUGGUUCUUCUUCUGCUGGCAGUCCAUUUGGGAAUUACUACAUUUGCACUGAUAAUAGUUUGCAGCAGCGUGAUUUCACCAUAAAUGGUCCAGUGGGAAUAGAUGACUAUUUGCAGGGACGGAUUUAGGGCGAGUUCUGGGGUUGAAGUGAAUUCUAGUGUUCUCAACUUAGAAUGUUAUAUACAUAUGAGGCGAAUCUAGAAUUUAAAUUUUAUAGCUACAAUCUUUAAAAUUUCUUUGCACUGAACUAAUUGUAUUUUUAAAUGAUGGAUUUAGAAUCUCUUUUUUGUUAUAAAUACAUUAUAUU